AACAUGGAAUCAGAAAACCAGACUGGUGUCUCAGAAUUCCUCCUCCUGGGCCUCUCAGAGGAUCCAGACCUGCAGCCCCUUCUCUUUGGGCUGUUCUUGUCCAUGUACCUGGUCACUGUGCUGGGGAAUCUGCUCAUCAUCCUGGCCGUCAGCUCAGACUCCCAUCUCCACACCCCCAUGCACUUCCUCCUCUCCCACCUGUCCUUUGUUGACAUCUGUUUCACCUCCACUAUAGUCCCCAAGAUGCUGGUGAACAUCCAGACAGGGAACAAAGCCAUCACUGAUGCAGGCUGCCUCACUCAGGUGUAUUUUUUCAUGGUUUUCAUAUGUAUGGACCAUUUGCUCCUGACCAUCAUGGCUUAUGACCGCUACGUGGCCAUCUGCCACCCUCUGUAUUAUGCAAUCAUCAUGAACCCCCGUCUCUGUGGUCUGAUGAGUCAUUGCUCCUUGUUCAUUAGCGUUAUGAACGCCUUGCUCCACAGUCUGAUGGUGUUGCAUCUGUCCUUCUGCACAGACUUGAAAAUCCCCCACUUCUUCUGUGAACUUGCUCAGAUCCUCAGACUCGCCUGUUCUGAUACUCUUAUCAAUGACAUGCUGAUGUAUCUAGUGACUAGCCUGUUAGGUGUUGGUCCCCUUUCAGGGAUAAUUUUCUCUUACACUCGCAUUGUCUCGUCCAGUCUGAGAAUCCCAUCAAUUGGCGGAAAGUAUAGCUUUUCCACCUUUGGGUCUCACCUGUCUGUCGUUUUCUUAUUCUAUGGGACCUGUGUUGGAGUUUACCUUAGUUCUGCAGCUACUCUCUCCCCCAGGAGGAGGGCAGUGGCCUCAGUGAUGAACACUGUGGUCACUCCUAUGGUGAACCCCUCCGUCUACAGCCUGAGGAACAGAGCCAUAAAGGGAGACUUGAGGACGCUGAUCUCUGGAACAUUUUCUUUUUCAUGA